AUGCAGGUUUCAAAAUUAGUUCGAAAUUAACAACAGCCGUCCCGCAGCCCAUCCUCAUUCCUCCCUAUACUGUUAAACCUCCUUAAACCCCUCUUCUUCUUCUUCUUCUUCUUCUUCUUCUCUCUCCUCUGUGUAGCUGCCCUCGCAAAACCCAGGUAAAAAUGGGAAUUUUUGAGCCCUUCAGAGCUAUAGGUUACAUCACAAGCUCAGUACCUUUCUCUGUUCAAAAGUUGGGUACUGAAACUUUCGUCACUGUUAGCGUCGGAAAAGCUUGGCAAAUCUACAACUGUGCUAAACUUAAUUUGGUCCUCGUUGGUCCUCAACUUCCCAAGAAAAUUCGGGCUCUUGCUUCCUAUCGUGAUUAUACUUUUGCAGCAUAUGGGAAUAAAAUUGCUGUGUUCAAGCGUGCUCAUCAGGUUGCAACUUGGAGCUCUCACAGUGCAAAGGUCAAUUUAUUGUAUCUAUUUGGCGAUCACAUCUUGAGUGUUGACGCUGAUCAUCAUAUGUUUAUAUGGGCAUUUAAAGGAAUUCAACAAAAUUUAGAGCCACUUAGUCAUAUCUUUCUGGAAGGCAAAUUUUCCCCGACUUGUAUUGUGCAUCCAGAUACUUACUUGAACAAGGUUAUUUUUGGGAGCCAGGAAGGCAAUUUGCAGCUUUGGAAUGUUAACACAAAGAAAAAUCUGUAUGAUUUUAAGGGAUGGAAUUCACCCAUUUCUUGCUGUGUCUCGUCUCCAGCACUAGAUGUUGUUGCUGUGGGUUGCGCUGAUGGGAAGAUCCACAUCCAUAAUAUUCGUUAUGAUGAAGAGCUAGUCACAUUUGAGCACUCUAUGCGAGGUGCUGUGACUGCUCUAUCGUUUAGCACAGAUGGACAACCUCUUUUGGCAUCUGGUGGUACAUCGGGUGUCAUUAGUGUGUGGAAUCUUGAGAAGAGAAGGCUCCAGUCCGUCAUAAGAGAGGCUCAUGAUGGUGCAAUUAUUUCACUCCACUUCUUUGCCAAUGAGCCUGUACUGAUGAGUUCAUCAGCAGACAACUCUAUAAAAAUGUGGAUAUUCGACACCACUGAUGGGGAUCCUCGUCUUUUGCGAUUCCGGAAUGGUCAUAGUGCACCUCCACUUUGUAUAAGGUUUUAUGCGAAUGGGCGGCACAUUUUAUCUGCUGGCCAGGACCGAGCUUUUAGGCUUUUUUCUGUAGUCCAGGAUCAACAAAGUAGGGAGCUUUCACAGCGUCAUGUGACUAAAAGAGCCAAGAAACUGAGGGUGAAGGCGGAAGAAAUAAAACUGAAGCCUGUUGUUGCAUUUGAUUGUGCUGAAAUCAGGGAGCGUGAUUGGUGCAAUGUGGUUACUUGUCACAUGGACACUACUAAGGCAUAUGUGUGGAGACUCCAGAAUUUUGUGCUAGGAGAACACAUACUGAAUCCUUCAGAUGAAAAUCAGACUCCGAUAAAGGCUUGCACUAUCAGUGCAUGUGGGAAUUUUGCUGUUCUUGGGACAGCAGGUGGUUGGAUUGAGCGGUUUAACCUCCAAUCUGGGCUUAGCCGUGGCAGUUACUUGGAUAAGUCCGAAAGGAGGAGUUGUGGCCAUGAUGGAGAAGUGGUUGGAGUGGCUUGUGAUUCAACAAAUACCCUGAUGAUAAGCGCAGGAUAUCAUGGUGAUAUAAAGGUAUGGAAUUUCAGGGGACGUGAGCUGAAAUCCAGAUGGGAAGUAGGCUAUCCUGUGGUUAAGAUAGUGUACCAUAGACCCAAUGGAUUGCUGGCUACUGUUGCUGAUGAUUUGGUCAUCCGUAUAUAUGAUGUUGUAGCACUUAGGAUGGUUCGGAAAUUUGAAGGCCAUAAAGACCGUGUUACUGAUAUGUGUUUUAGUGAGGAUGGAAAAUGGCUUCUGUCGUCCAGCAUGGAUGGUACCCUUAGAAUAUGGGAUGUUAUUUUAGCUAGACAAAUAGAUGCCAUCCAGGUUGAUGUGGCUAUCACAGCACUGUCUUUGUCACCCAAUAUGGACGUUCUAGCAACUACUCAUGUCGAUCAAAAUGGAGUCUACCUAUGGGUUAAUCAAGCAAUGUUCACAGGUUCAUCUAGUAUUGAUUCUUAUGCUAGUGGGAAGGACAUUCUGCAUGUCAAAUUGCCAUCCAUUAGUGCAGCUGAGGGCAAUAAAGGGACUGAUGUCGAGGAAGGUGAUACCAAGAAUUCACUUGUGCAAGAGUCUUCCACAGUUCCCAAAUUUGACCAAACAAUGCCUGAUUUAAUAACACUUUCGCUCUUGCCCAAGACCCAGUGGCAAAGCUUGAUCAAUCUGGACGUUAUUAAGGUUCGAAAUAAACCCAUUGAGCCUCCUAAGAAGCCUGAAAACGCACCCUUCUUUUUACCUUCCAUUCCAUCUCUUUCAGGAGACAUAAUGUUUAAAGCAAGUGAGGUAGCCAAUGAAGAGUUGAAGGAUGGAGAUACUGAACACAAUCUGGAUUAUACAACUGGUUUGCCUCCAUCACCAUUUGUGCAAGUGCUCCAGUCUGCAGUAGAAUCUAAGAAUUUUUCAGCAUUCACCCACUAUAUUAAAGGUUUAUCUCCGUCAUCUUUGGAUAUGGAGCUUCGGAUGCUUCAAAUUAUAGAUGAUGACGAGUCACUAGAACCUAGUAAAAGACCGGAGAUGCUUUCACUUGACAUGCUUCUGGAUUACUUCAUUCAUGAAAUCUCUUGCAGACACAAUUUUGAGUUCAUGCAGGCUGUUGUAAGACUCUUUCUAAAGAUUCAUGGAGAAACAGUGAGGUGUCAAUUAGAACUCCAAGAGAAGGCACAGAAGCUGUUAGAAACUCAGUGUGCUGUGUGGCAGCAAGUGGAUAAAUUGUUUCAGAAUGCUCGAUGCAUGGUUGCUUUCCUCAGCAAUUCACAAUUUUGAAGGUACUAGAAUCUGACAUCCAUAGCUUGUGCUUUUUCUCGGGAAAGAAAAGGAAUCGCAGCCAUAUUAUGCCAUAGAAGAAUGGCAAUUCCACAUCCAUGGCGUUGUGACAAAAGUUGACGUUACUGUCAAAAAAGAAGAUAUACAAAAGCUGACGUGUGUAUCAUUUGAGAUCUUACUGGAGGAAAACUGCUAUAAUGAGGCAACAAAAAUUGUAUGAAUAGCUUCUUAGCUAAGAAUUUUGAAAAAUAAUAUAAUUGUGUUUUGUAGUAUCUAUUUUAUUUUCAAA